GGCCUGGCAGAGGGACGAGCUGGGGAAGGCCUCGCGAGGUGUCUCCAGGGAAGGAUUUCUGCACUAUUCAAAGGUUCUGCUUACCUACUAUAAUGUACGACUCCAGAGGAAGACAGAAGUUCAUCAGCGAUGCUCAGUAUGUGAGGGAAAUGCAACACAAGAUGGAUUCAGAGUAUCAGGCUUGCCUGAGAAGACAGGAGCAGAACAGAGAACAGACUGAGAAGAAACGAGAGCAACAUGCCAGGCAAGAACAGAGACAGAAAACCCUAUCUUCCAUCUAUGCUACACGCAGCUAUGAAAGACCAUGGAUAUCAGGCAUACCAGUUACCAGACAGACCUCUGCAGAUGAGGGUUCUGGGUCUGCCAUCAAGUCUUCUGCAAACAGAUCUGACUCAAAAUUCCCCACUAUAGAAAAAAUAUCAAGCAAGCAAAAGCAAAAACCUCCCAUGAGCUCCAGCAAAGUAACUCCAGCUGCCCAGAAGCAGUCAUUAUUAAGGAGAAAGAGAAUGAACCAGGGAGGAUUGUUGGGAAGCCCAGACAUACAGAAUAUGAGAAAAUUGGAAGACAAAGACAGACGGGCCUUGUUGCUACAGGCAAAGGCACAAGUUACCAGCGCAUCUGAUCUUGGAGUGACAAAUGAAACUACGCUCAUGAACAAGAAGAGAUCUCAAGAGAGAAGGAAUGUAAUCCAGUCUUCUAAGCUAAAUCUCGAUCGUAAAGGUCUAGACAAAGAUAGCAAAAUAGGAAGUGUCCUUCCACAGACUCAACAGUCUCCAACUCUAUCAUCGGCAUCUACCUUGCAAGGAGCUCAUGGUUCCUUUGUCUCAGAUGAGUCACAUAGUCCAUCUUUUAUACCCACUAAAAUGGCCCCUUUGAGGUUUAGAGAUGAAAACUUUUAUUCUAUGCUUUGCUUAAACAUGGAAGACUCCUGUGAAGAAAAUGAUACUAAAGACGAUGAUAUACUGGAGAAAGAAUUCCUUUCUUUCAAUCUAAAUCAUUCUCCUACUCCUCUAGAACAAAUUAGCAAAUUUAGUGGAACAUCCUUGGCACAAGAUGAACAAUGUAACUCUGCAGAAACUGGAGAUGAUAGAAGCAUUUCAUCAAGGAGUGUGGAAUCUUCUCAUCAACCAUUAAGACAACACAAUGUAAUGGACACAACUGUUGAACAGUCUUCAUUAAGGCAAAGAAACUUUAGGGACUAUGGAAAGUCUUAUACUCCAGAUGGGAAUUCUUCUGAAGGUGCUGAUUGCAAUAAAAAUGAAAAUGAAACUCCAUUAUUUAGUUCAAGAAGCUCACGAGCUGAAAGCAGACCAGGCAGCGCACCUAUUGCUGGGACUCUUAAUAACAUUAGCUCUAUAGAUAGGCCUAGCGUUAAUAUUUAUAACAGAGAAUUGCAAGCCUAUGAAAGCAAUCAGAGGCGUUAUACUGAUCUCCUUACUUCUGCACGGUCAACAGUUCAUAGACCAUUAUUGUAUUCUGCAUAUAAUACUCCAAGAUCAUUAAUACAAUCUGCACAUAGAGCUGAGGUUUCAACAACUGUAUCAUCUCAAGUAUUGGAUUUGGAUGGAAGUUCAAGGUUUAAUGUUCGUAGACCCUUGUCUCCUAUAAGAAGUAGAGAUUCUUUUUCUGCUACAGAAAGUUAUGAAUCUUCAUCACCUAUAGUCAGUACACCUGAAGAUAAUAGCCUACUGGAUGAUAGUAUAGAUAAUGGUUUAAAGAGUACAUCUGCAAAUGCUGCCUUACAUGAUGAAGAGAACUUACUAAAUUCACAUAGUUCUUUUUUAUCUAUAGAUUCUUCCAGCCCAUCUUUGUUUCAAACAAAUUUCACAGCCCACCUUCACAUGGCUGGCACAUUACAUGAUCAAUUACCACUUGCUUUGCUGGCAGUGUCUGAUUUACAAAAUCAAAGUAGUUCUGUGAGCAGCAUUGCAGCCUGUGAUACCACAAGUGCAAAGGAAAUAAACAAACAUGCAGACCCAGAGAAGCUUAAGAAACUGCAGGAGAGUCUACUAGCAGAAGACUCAGAAGAGGAAGGAGACCAGUGUCGGAUAUGUCAGAUUGCUGGGGGCUCUUUAACCAAUCCACUGGUAGAACCAUGUGGGUGCGUAGGAACCUUACAGUUUGUUCAUCAGGAAUGUCUAAAAACAUGGCUGAAAGCUAAGAUAAAAUCAGGUGCUGAGCUGGGGGCAGUGAAAACCUGUGAACUGUGUAAGCAGAGCCUGAUAGCUGAUCUGGAUGAUUUUGAUGUGAAUGACUAUUAUAGAAAUCACCAACAGUCUCGGGCACAAAGUGAGCUAAUGAAUUCAGGUCUCUACCUUGUGCUGCUCCUUCACCUUUAUGAACAGAGGUUUGCAGAACUUAUGCGACUAAACUACAAUCAAGCCAGUAGAGCCAGGAUUCAGAGUCAGGGAACAAUGGAUAGAAGAGUGCUUACCAGAUUGUCCAAUGAAUUUGGAAUUUGGCAAAGAAGCUUUUAUAUUGAAUACCCUUCUCCAUGUGAUUUCUAUCCUUUUUUUUUUGGUCUUGCUUUACACCAAACUAAAACAAGUUUGUACUUGUCACACAAUCCUUUUCAGGGGGUCCAUUAUUGUCUUUAGAAGUGGAAAACCAAUUGAUAAUUACUUUAAAAUAACAUGGAACAAAGCAGCUAGUAGUGAAAAAAAAUGCUGUUUCUAUUGAUUAUAUCCUAAAAUUGCUCACCAUAACAGAAAACAGAUGACUAGCAGGCAGUGUGUGUUACUGACUGGCCUUCUGUAACCUUUAAAAAUCAGAAGCUACAGAAAGGCAUGUGGUUGCUUUAUUGUGUACUCUGGACCCAUAUUUCAUUCUGUGUAUCAGAGGUUUCUCCUGAUUAGAGCUUGGAUUUGUACGGUAAAGUUCAACCAUCAUAUAUACAGCUUACACUGGAAUCUUCUAGAGUGUACUUGUAUAUUAUUGAUUUACUGUGUGUGAUGACAAACCUAUUAGUGUAUCAUCUCCAGCUUGAGUGGGACAAACUUUCAGUAAAAUAAUUUUAUUCACCCUUU